UCGGUCUGUAUAUAUUUCCCAGCGACGUCGUCUACUUCUCGUCCGGUGUCCUCUCCCCCACACUCCCCCCCCCUCUCCCCCUUAUCCGCCGAUCCUUACCGGCCAACCAACAACCUCGGGUCUGGUGUUUGUCUGUCUAUCUCACCACCGCAACGCCCCGUUUCCGCACGCACGCGCAACAAAACCGCCUUUGUCCAGCACAAGCCAAUCCCUAUGAGUGGAUCCUCUGCGAGACUGUGCGCCGACUACCUGCCCGGCGCACUGCGCACUCGGGGGCCGAUCCUGCGCGCCGUUCCUCGGGGAACUCGCCGAUCGGCUAUCAGGGAGUAUAAGCGGGGGGUUCAUGGCGCAAAUGGCUCCCACGCUCGUCCGUCGAUAACGGCUCGCGCCUGCGACCGGGUAGAUGUACGAGCUUCCCAGAGUGUCUAUGCGCGCCGCUUUGCGACUGCCGCCGAGGGCACCAGUGUCCAGGAGGCCGAGGCCGAGGGCGAUGCUGCAGCUGGGCUGCAGGGCGGUCCGUUGAGGGAGUAUGACCUUCGCGUCCAGCAGGGUCGCUUGCGGGAUGAUCCGUAUCAGAGACAAAUCAUCGAGCAACUCCAGGACCUAUACCAAAGACUGACAUCCUACACGCCUCCUCCCGUCGUCCAGCCCGCCGUGGAAUCGCUCGACGCAAAGCCCAAGGGCUCGUUCUUCGGCUCGCUGUUCGGACGCAGCAGCGCCAAGCAGGCGCUGACCAUCCCCGAGUCCCUCCCCAAGGGCCUAUACAUGUAUGGCGACGUCGGCUGCGGCAAGACCAUGCUCAUGGACCUGUUCUACGAGACCCUGCCGCCCAACAUCUCCAGCAAGAACCGUAUCCACUUCCACAACUUCAUGCAGGACGUCCACCGCCGCAUGCACGUCGUCAAGAUGAAAUACGGCAACGACUUCGAUGCCCUCCCCCUCGUCGCGGCUGAUAUUGCUUCGCGGUCCAGCGUGCUGUGCUUCGAUGAGUUCCAGUGCACCGAUGUCGCGGACGCCAUGAUCCUCCGAAGACUCCUCGAAUCCCUCAUGUCCCACGGCGUCGUCCUCGUCACCACCUCCAACCGGCACCCCAACGACCUGUACAAAAACGGCAUCCAGCGCGAAUCCUUCAUCCCAUGCAUCAACCUCCUCCAAACCGCCCUAGCCGUGAUAAACCUCAACUCCCCAACCGACUACCGCAAGAUCCCCCGCCCCCCAGCCGCCGUUUACCACCACCCGCUAGGCCCGGACGCCACCGCCCACGCCCAGAAAUGGUUCGACUUCCUGGGCGACCCCAUCAACGACCCCCCGCACCCAGCCACUCAGGAGGUCUGGGGCCGCAAGAUCGACGUCCCCCGCGCCAGCGGAAAAGCCGCCCAGUUCACCUUCCAGCAGUUGAUCGGGAGUGCUACCGGCGCGGCGGAUUACCUGGAAUUGGUCAGGAAUUAUGACGCCUUCGUUAUUACGGAUGUGCCCGGCAUGGACCUGCACCAGAGGGAUUUGGCCCGCAGGUUUAUUACCUUUAUUGAUGCCGUUUAUGAGAGUCGGGCAAAACUCGUCCUCACCACCGCCGUCCCCCUAACAAACCUCUUCCUCUCCCCCUCGGAAGUGAAAUCCGCCACAAACAACUCCAUCGGCGACAACGACGGCGAGGACCUCUCCGACGCGAUGCGCAUGAUGAUGGACGAUCUGGGUCUGUCGAUGCAGGCGCUCAAGACGACCUCGAUCUUCAGUGGCGAUGAGGAGCGCUUUGCCUUUGCGCGCGCCUUGUCCCGGUUAUCGGAGAUGGGGAGUAAGCAGUGGGUUGAGAGGGGGUUGGGGGUGGGUGUGGAGGAUGGCACGGGGAAGAGUGAGCAGGAGGCGUAUUCGAAGGCGAGGGGGAGGUGGGCGGAGGAUAAUAUGUAGUCAGUUGUGGGUUGUGGGUUGGGUGAGACUUGGAGACGGGUCUAGCUUUGUUCGUUGCAUAUACUAUAGAG